UCGAAGCUGCCCCACGUUUCCUGCAACUGAGAUCACCAGUAAACGCCAAGACACAGCCAUGGCUUUCUCACCAGACACAUCGGGGAGCACUAGCUCCAAGGAGAGGCACAACGCUAUCUUUACCUACCAGAACCUCGCCGCCGGAUUCUCGUCGAGCGGCAGUCGAAGCAUGGUCGUAAUAAAGGAGAUCCUUCAAUAGCAUUCGAGAAAACCAACAAAAGGAGGAGAGGUGAUCGGGCAACGAGGCACAAUGGCGGACCCGUUCGAAGUCCGGAUGCGCUUCACUAGCCAGCUCCGCCAGCUCAAUGCUUCGGUAACGUCGGCGCAGAAAGCGGCGCAGUAUGCCCUCAAAUAUCGGGAUCUGGCCGAGGAUCUGCACUCAUGCAUCCUGGAGCAGCUCGAGAGGAACAACAUGAACACACGAGCCAACAUCAUGUUCUUCAUUGAGCAUUUUCUCGACAUGGCCCAUAAGGACGGCCAUCUCGACUAUGUGCGCAUGAUGCAGCGCGACAUUAUUCGCGUCGUGGAUGCCGUAGCUCCUGACGACGGCUCGGGGGCGGCGAAUGUUAAGGUUGUUCGGAAGGUUCUGCGCGCCCUCCACGACAAGUCCUUCCUCGAAUCCCAGGCCGUCACUCAGAUCGAAGAGGUUCUCACAGAGCGAGAGACGGCCGCGCAGGACAUCGCCAUGUCAUCCCCGCCUUCAAACGCGGACGGCGGUUCCGAUCCUAUGGCCGCUGAUAAUCUCGGCGACAUGCCCCCUUCUCAGACGUUACCGGCACCCUAUAAAAAGGCGACCAUUAGCGCUGCGGCCGGCCUGGACAGGAAACAAAUAGAGCAACGCAUAGAGGAGGAUAGGGAGCGCCACAAGAGACAGCGAGAGAAUAUCUGGGCGGUGCCUGAAACAGACGAGGCCGAAUUGGACAAGUUAUGGGACGAGACGAGCUCUCUGGGUUCAGAUGAUCACCGGAUGGGCGAGGAGGAGUAUCAAGAGUGGAAGGCACAAGUGUCGAAUACUUGUCCACACCAUAAAGAUGAGAAAGCGAACGGAGAGGGACAUUCGUGAUAUCUCCUUUCCCCUGACCUUGGCACAGAACAUUUUGGCAGGCGUUCUUUGGCUGUAGACCUCGGCGUUGCGGUAGGGAUAGGGACAGAGGUGACAGGGGGCACAGGUCGGCUUUUUGCUUUUGCAAAGAAGUUAUCUGGGAUCAAAAGGGUCUCCAUAUGGUCCAGCGAUGAUUGCUUGGUAUACUCAAGUUGUAAUGUUACAUUGUUCUUUUUGUA